AGCGGUGAUUGGUCCGCUUCACUGUGUCCGUCCUUGCCCUGAGGUGACGUCAGGAGGAACCCUGCUGGUGGAGGUUGGCGCGUGCAGAUUCAGCGCGAGUGCUCAGAGUAGGAGAGACAGCCGGCGGGCUCCAGGCAGAGACUCCGGACCUUCGUGACAGCACAUUUUCAGGAAUGGGAAACCACAUUGUUUCUGAGCGUCCCAACAAGAAGAUGCCGCUGGAUGAGGACUGUCAUGCCUGGAAAAAGAAGACCACGGACAUAAAGGAGAAGUAUGACUUCAAAGACGUCCUGGGCACCGGGGCUUUCUCUGAGGUGGUCUUGGCUGAGGAGAAGAGGACUCAGAAAUUGGUGGCCGUCAAGUGUAUCCCCAAGAAGGCCUUAGAGGGCAAGGAAAACAGCAUUGAGAAUGAGAUAGCAGUACUGCACAAGAUCAAACACACCAACAUUGUGUCUCUGGAAGACAUAUUUGAGAGUAAAUCACACCUCUACCUUGUCAUGCAACUAGUGUCUGGUGGGGAACUCUUUGAUCGUAUCAUAGAGAAGGGCUUCUACACAGAGAAAGAUGCCAGUAAGCUCAUUCAGCAGAUCCUGGAUGCUGUCAAAUACCUCCACGACAUGGGCAUUGUGCACCGUGACCUCAAGCCAGAGAAUCUGCUGUAUUACAGCAUGGAUGAAGACUCCAAAAUCAUGAUCAGUGACUUUGGUCUGUCAAAAAUUGAGGGCUCUGGCAGUGUGAUGUCAACAGCCUGUGGAACUCCUGGAUAUGUCGCCCCUGAAGUUUUGGCUCAGAAGCCCUACAGUAAAGCAGUUGACUGCUGGUCUAUUGGUGUCAUAGCAUAUAUUCUGCUGUGUGGUUAUCCUCCCUUCUAUGACGAGAAUGAUGCCAAACUGUUUGAACAGAUCCUGAAAGCAGAAUAUGAGUUUGAUUCUCCGUACUGGGACGAUAUCUCUGAUUCAGCUAAAGAUUUUAUAGUACAUCUGAUGGAGAAAGAUCCCAGCAUACGUUACACUUGUGAGCAGGCUCUGCAGCACCCCUGGAUUGCUGGGGAUACUGCGCUGGACAAGAACAUUCACGAGUCUGUCAGUGCGCAGAUUAAGAAGAAUUUUGCUAAGAGCAAGUGGAAGCAAGCGUUUAAUGCCACAGCAGUGGUUCGUCACAUGAGGCGUCUCCAGCUCGGCACGGGACAAGAAGGAGCCAACCCAGCUCAUCUGCUGAUGCCGGGGGAAGAUGCAGAGGCUUGCUGUGAGGGAGGGUGCUCACAGAACGUCGACAGCGGAGUAGAUGCUCUGUCCAACUGUCCAACUUACCGCUGCCACCCGACCAGCAGGGUGUGAUCCAUACCUGCUCCACCUACUUAUCUAAUUGAUCCCAAGUCACUUUCCAAUUUAAACUCCCUCAGUGGCACCAGAGGCGCUGUCUCCCCACUUAUCUGGUUGCUGGACUACUGAGUCAUUCCAACCUCUCGUCUGCAGGGGGAGCAAGUCAGCCCAGCCUGAAGAGGAAAGUCAUAAACCCGGUUGAAAGUGGAGGAGGUGGAAGAAUUGAUGAUAACGAUGAUGAUGCACCACAGUGGGUGAUUUUUGGGAUGAGUUUAAAAGGAGGAGAGGAUACCAAGGAAGUGGGGGAAGGCGAACUUUUCCAUCAUCGUUCUUGGGGGGGAUUGAUUUUGCCGAAGCAGAACAGAGCUUGUUGGACACUGUUUUUAAUUGUUGCGGUUUUUGUUUUUUCAAUUCAAUUAGUCUCAUUGUUUGUUUUUAUUGUUUUGUAUAUUUGUGUGUUCCUUCCUACUGUUAGACUUUGAAGUACAAAUCCAGAAACAAUAUCUGCAUGAUCAGGAGAGAAUUUCCCAAUGCAUGCUUUCCUAUUUCUAAAAACAUACACUGUUUCAGUAAUGCAGCAUCACAGUACGAAACAAAUGACGCAGUGCCAGAACGACGGAGCAUUUCUGGCAUUUUUUUUGCAGCAUUUGAAACAAAAACUGAGUCAAAUCUUGUAAUAUUACAGAGCUGCAUUCUGUGUCUUUAAGUCAUGCUUUUAGACAAUCAGCAACAGAAUAGUUUAUGCAAU